GCCAGGCACUGGAGCCACAUUGCCCCUGAGUCUGCGCCCUUGUGCUUAGCACCGGGGCCUGCCUGCCUGCCUGCCAGCAGACCUUGUUGCACCCUGUGCCAGGAGAGCCUCAUCAGCCUCUUGGCUGUGCCCCGCCUGCUGCUCUCACCCCUGUGCUGACCGGCCAGCUCCCAGCAGCCAUGGUGGCUGGCAUGCUCAUGCCGCUGGACCAGCUUCGAGCCAUUUAUGAGGUGCUCUUUCGUGAGGGGGUGAUGGUGGCCAAGAAGGACCGGAGGCCCCGCACCCUGCAUCCCCACGUGCCUGGCGUCACCAACCUGCAGGUCAUACGUGCCAUGGCCUCCCUGCGGGCUCGAGGCCUGGUGCGGGAGACCUUCGCCUGGCGCCACUUCUACUGGUAUCUGACCAACGAGGGCAUCGCCCACUUACGCCAGUACCUGCACCUGCCACCUGAGAUCGUGCCUGCCUCUCUACAGCGCGUGCGCCGCCCCGUCGCCAUGGUGAUGCCUGCACGUCGCUCCCCCAAUGUGCAAGCCGUUCAGGGUCCCCUGGGCUGCCCGCCUAAGCGGGGGCCUCUGCUGGCUGAUGACCCCACCCGUGAGGAGCGGCGUGUCUACCGCCGGAAGGAACCUGAGGAGGGGGUACCUGAAACCCCUUUGGUGCCUGCCACCACCCUGGGGACCCUGGCCAGUCCAGGCCCGGAGCCUGCCCCAGCCACAGAUGAGCGGGACCGUGUGCAGAAGAAAACCUUCACCAAGUGGGUCAACAAGCACCUCAUCAAGCACUGGAGGGCAGAGGCCCAGCGACACAUCAGUGACCUGUAUGAGGACCUCCGCGAUGGCCACAACCUCAUCUCACUGCUGGAGGUCCUCUCGGGGGACAGUCUGCCCCGGGAGAAGGGGAGGAUGCGCUUCCACAAGCUGCAGAAUGUCCAGAUUGCCCUGGACUACCUCCGGCACCGCCAGGUGAAGUUGGUGAAUAUCAGGAAUGAUGACAUUGCAGACGGCAACCCCAAGCUGACCCUCGGUCUGAUCUGGACCAUCAUCUUACACUUCCAGAUCUCAGACAUCCAGGUAACCGGGCAGUCAGAGGACAUGACAGCCAAGGAGAAGCUGCUACUGUGGUCACAGCGCAUGGUAGAGGGCUACCAGGGCCUACGUUGCGACAACUUCACCACCAGCUGGCGUGACGGCCGCCUCUUCAAUGCUAUCAUCCACCGGCACAAGCCCAUGCUUAUUGAUAUGAAUAAGGUGUAUCGUCAGACCAACCUGGAAAAUCUGGACCAGGCCUUCUCUGUGGCAGAGCGGGACCUGGGAGUGACCCGGCUCUUGGACCCUGAGGAUGUGGACGUCCCUCAGCCCGACGAGAAGUCCAUCAUCACCUACGUCUCGUCCUUGUACGAUGCCAUGCCCCGAGUGCCCGGCGCGCAGGAUGGGGUGAGGGCCAAUGAGCUGCAGCUUCGCUGGCAGGAAUACCGCGAGCUCUUGCUCCUGCUGCUGCAAUGGAUCCGGCAUCACACUGCUGCCUUUGAGGAGCGCAAAUUCCCCUCCAGCUUUGAGGAGAUUGAGAUCCUCUGGUGCCAGUUCUUGAAGUUUAAGGAGACAGAGCUUCCAGCCAAGGAGGCAGACAAGAACAGGUCCAAGGGUAUCUACCAGUCUCUGGAGAGCGCGGUGCAAGCAGGCCAGCUCAAGGUGCCCCCCGGCUACCACCCACUAGAUGUGGAGAAGGAGUGGGGCAAGCUGCACGUGGCUAUCCUGGAGCGGGAGAAGCAGCUCCGGAGCGAGUUCGAGAGGCUGGAGUGUCUUCAGCGCAUCGUGAGCAAAUUGCAGAUGGAGGCUGGGCUGUGUGAAGAGCAGCUGAACCAGGCUGACACCCUGCUGCAGUCGGAUAUCCGGUUGCUGGCCUCAGGCAAGGUUCCGCAGCGGGCUGGGGAGGUGGAGCGAGACCUGGACAAGGCAGAUGGCAUGAUCCGGGUGCUGUUUAAUGAUGUACAGACCCUCAAGGAUGGGCGCCACCCGCAGGGCGAGCAGAUGUACCGCAGGGUGUACCGACUGCACGAGCGCCUGGUAGCCAUUCGCACAGAGUACAACCUCCGUCUGAAGGCGGGUGUGGCUGCCCCCGUGACCCAGGUGACCCUGCAAAGCAUGCAGAGGCGCCCUGAGCUAGAGGACUCUACCCUACGCUACCUGCAGGACCUGCUGGCCUGGGUAGAGGAGAACCAGCGCCGUGUGGACAGUGCCGAAUGGGGCGUGGACUUGCCCAGUGUGGAGGCGCAGCUGGGCAGCCACAGAGGCCUGCACCAGUCCAUCGAAGAGUUCCGGGCCAAGAUCGAGCGGGCACGGAGUGAUGAGGGCCAGCUCUCUCCUGCCACCCGGGGUGCCUACCGUGACUGCUUAGGCCGACUGGACCUACAAUAUGCAAAGCUGCUGAACUCCUCCAAGGCCCGCCUGCGGGCCCUGGAGAACCUGCACAGUUUUGUGGCAGCUGCCACCAAGGAACUGAUGUGGCUGAACGAGAAGGAGGAGGAGGAGGUGGGCUUUGACUGGAGUGACCGCAACGCCAACAUGGCUGCCAAGAAGGAGAGCUACUCGGCCCUGAUGCGGGAGCUGGAGCUGAAGGAAAAGAAAAUCAAGGAAAUCCAGAACACCGGGGAUCGGCUCCUGCGGGACGAUCACCCUGCCCGGCCCACAGUGGAGUCCUUCCAGGCGGCCCUGCAGACCCAGUGGAGCUGGAUGCUGCAGCUGUGUUGCUGCAUCGAGGCACACCUGAAGGAGAACACCGCGUACUUCCAGUUCUUUUCAGAUGUGCGGGAGGCUGAAGAGCAGUUGCAGAAACUGCAGGAGACAUUGCGCAGGAAGUACACCUGUGACCGCUCCAUCACUGUUACCCGACUUGAGGACCUGCUGCAGGAUGCCCAGGAUGAGAAGGAGCAGCUGAAUGAGCACAAGGGACACCUCUCAGGCUUGGCCAAGCGGGCCAAGGCCAUCGUGCAGCUGAAGCCCCGCAAUCCGGCCUAUCCUGUACGGGGCCACGUGCACCUGCUAGCUGUGUGUGACUACAAGCAGGUGGAGGUUACCGUGCACAAGGGUGACCAGUGCCAGCUGAUGGGCCCUGCACAGCCAUCCCACUGGAAGGUGCUCAGCAACUCUGGCAGUGAGGCUGCCGUGCCUUCCGUGUGCUUCCUUGUGCCCCCGCCCAACCAGGAGGCCCAGGAGGCCAUCACCAGACUGGAGGCCCAGCACCAGGCCUUGCUUGCACUGUGGCAUCAGCUGCAUGUGGACAUGAAGAGCCUUCUGGCAUGGCAGAGCUUCAGCCGUGAUGUGCAGCUCAUCCGCUCCUGGUCCUUGGUCACGUUUCGCACGCUGAAGCCGGAGGAGCAGCGUCAAGCCCUGCGCAGCCUGGAGCUGCACUACCAGGCUUUCCUGCGAGACAGCCAGGACGCAGGCGGCUUCGGGCCGGAGGACCGGCUGGCAGCAGAGCGCGAGUACAGCUCCUGCAGCCGCCAUUACCAGCAGCUGCUGCAGAGCCUAGAGCAAGGUGAACAGGAGGAGUCUCGCUGUCAGCGCUGCAUCUCUGAGCUCAAGGACAUCCGGUUGCAGCUGGAAGCCUGUGAGACUCGUACGGUGCACCGUCUGCGGCUGCCGCUGGACAAAGAGCCUGCAAAGGAGUGUGCCCAGCGCAUCGCUGAGCAGCAGAAAGCGCAGGCCGAGGUGGAGGGGCUGGGCAAGGGGGUUGCCCGGCUCUCUGCCGAGGCCGAGAAGGUUCUGGCCCUGCCUGAACCGUCACCUGCUGCCCCCACUCUGCGCUCUGAGCUGGAACUGACCCUGGGCAAGCUGGAGCAGGUCCGCAGCCUGUCUGCCAUCUACCUGGAGAAACUGAAGACCAUCAGUCUGGUGAUCCGCAGCACUCAUGGUGCCGAGGAGGUGCUCAGGGCUCACGAGGAGCAGCUCAAGGAUGCCCAGGCUGUGCCUGCCACCCUCCCAGAACUUGAGGCCACCAAGGCCUCACUAAAGAAGCUGCGGGCCCAGGCAGAGGCACAGCAGCCCAUAUUCGACACCCUGAGGGAUGAGCUGCGGGGGGCACAGGAGGUAGGCGAGAGGCUGCAGCAACGGCACGGCGAGCGCGACGUGGAGGUGGAGCGCUGGCGAGAGCGGGUCACCCAACUGCUGGAGCGCUGGCAGGCCGUUUUGGCUCAGGCUGAUGUGCGGCACCGUGAGCUCGAGCAGUUGGGCCGCCAGCUGCGUUACUACCGUGAAAGCGCGGACCCGCUGAGCAUCUGGCUGCAGGACGCCAAGCAGCGGCAGGAGCAGAUCCAGGCUGUGCCGAUGGCCAACAGCCAGGACGCGCGGGAGCAACUGCGGCAGGAGAAGGCCCUGUUGGAGGAGAUCGAGCGCUACGGCGAGAAGGUUGAGGAGUGCCAGAAGUUCGCAAAACAGUACAUCAAUGCCAUCAAGGACUACGAGCUGCAGCUAGUCACUUACAAGGCACAGCUUGAACCAGUGGCCUCCCCGGCCAAGAAGCCCAAGGUCCAGUCUGGGUCGGAGAGCGUCAUCCAGGAGUACGUGGACCUGCGUACACGCUAUAGCGAGCUGACCACGCUCACGAGUCAGUACAUCAAAUUCAUCAGCGAGACUCUGCGACGCAUGGAGGAGGAGGAGAGGCUGGCCGAGCAGCAGCGGGCAGAGGAGCGGGAGCGACUGGCAGCAGUGGAGGCCGCACUAGAGAAGCAGCGGCAGCUGGCUGAGGCUCAUGCCCAGGCCAAGGCUCAGGCAGAGCUGGAGGCACAGGAGCUACAGCGGCGUAUGCAGGAGGAGGUGGCCCGUCGGGAGGAAGCAGCGGUGGAUGCGCAGCAGCAGAAACGCAGCAUCCAGGAGGAGCUGCAGCACCUGCGGCAGAGCUCGGAGGCGGAGAUCCAGGCCAAGGCUCAGCAAGCGGAGGCUGCUGAGCGCAGCCGGCUGCGCAUCGAGGAGGAGAUCCGCGUGGUGCGGCUGCAGCUGGAAGCCACCGAGCGUCAGCGUGGUGGGGCCGAGGGCGAGCUGCAGGCUCUGCGCGCACGGGCGGAAGAGGCCGAGGCACAGAAGCGGCAGGCGCAGGAGGAGGCCGAGCGCUUGCGGAGGCAGGUGCAGGAUGAGAGCCAGCGUAAGCGGCAAGCAGAGGCUGAGUUGGCCUCCCGCGUGAAGGCUGAGGCCGAGGCGGCUCGUGAGAAGCAGCGGGCCCUGCAGGCACUGGAGGAGCUGAGGCUCCAGGCCGAGGAGGCAGAGCGGCGGCUGCGGCAGGCUGAGGCAGAGCGGGCUCGCCAAGUGCAGGUGGCCAUGGAGACGGCACAGCGCAGCGCGGAGGUGGAGCUGCAGAGCAAGCGUGCCUCCUUCGCGGAGAAGACCGCGCAGCUGGAGCGCACCCUGCAGGAGGAGCACGUGACGGUGGCACAGCUGCGGGAGGAGGCCGAGCGGCGGGCGCAGCAGCAGGCGGAGGCUGAGCGUGCCCGUGAGGAGGCCGAGCGGGAGCUGGAGCGCUGGCAGCUGAAGGCCAACGAGGCCCUGCGGCUGAGGCUGCAGGCGGAGGAGGUGGCACAGCAGAAGAGCCUGGCCCAGGCUGAGGCUGAGAAGCAGAAGGAGGAGGCAGAGCGCGAGGCACGGCGGCGGGGCAAGGCUGAGGAGCAGGCCGUGCGGCAGCGGGAGUUGGCCGAGCAGGAGCUGGAAAAGCAGCGACAGCUGGCCGAGGGCACCGCGCAGCAGCGCCUGGUUGCCGAGCAGGAGCUAAUCCGCCUGCGGGCUGAGACGGAGCAGGGUGAGCAGCAGCGGCAGCUGCUGGAGGAGGAGCUGGCCCGGCUGCAGCGCGAAGCCACCGCGGCCACGCAGAAGCGCCAGGAACUGGAGGCCGAGCUGGCCAAGGUGCGGGCAGAAAUGGAGGUGCUACUGGCCAGCAAGGCUCGAGCAGAGGAAGAGUCUCGCUCCACCAGCGAGAAGUCCAAGCAGAGGCUGGAGGCCGAGGCAGGCCGGUUCCGUGAGCUGGCCGAGGAGGCCGCCCGCCUGCGUGCCCUGGCUGAGGAGGCCAAACGGCAGCGGCAGCUGGCAGAGGAAGAUGCAGCUCGCCAGCGGGCCGAGGCCGAGCGCGUGCUCACCGAGAAGCUGGCUGCCAUCAGCGAAGCCACACGGCUUAAGACGGAGGCCGAGAUUGCCCUCAAAGAGAAGGAGGCAGAGAAUGAACGCCUGCGGCGGCUGGCAGAAGACGAGGCCUUUCAGCGGCGGAGGCUGGAGGAGCAGGCAGCGCAGCACAAGGCCGAUAUCGAGGAGCGCUUGGCCCAGCUGCGCAAGGCCUCGGAGAGCGAGCUGGAGCGGCAGAAGGGGCUGGUGGAGGACACGCUGCGGCAGCGACGGCAGGUCGAGGAGGAGAUCCUGGCGCUGAAGGUUAGCUUCGAGAAGGCAACCGCCGGCAAGGCGGAGCUGGAGCUGGAGCUGGGGCGCAUCCGCAGCAACGCGGAGGACACGCUGCGCAGCAAGGAGCAGGCCGAGCUGGAGGCCGCGCGCCAGCGGCAGCUGGCCGCCGAAGAGGAGCAGAGGCGCCGGGAGGCCGAGGAGCGGGUGCAGAAGAGCCUGGCGGCCGAGGAGGAGGCCGGCCGGCAGCGCAAGGCCGCCCUGGAGGAAGUGGAGCGGCUCAAGGCCAAGGUGGAGGAGGCCCGGCGCCUGCGGGAGCGGGCGGAACAGGAGUCUGCCCGGCAGCUGCAGCUGGCCCAGGAGGCUGCCCAGAAGCGCCUGCAGGCGGAGGAGAAGGCUCACGCUUUCGCGGUGCAGCAGCGGGAGCAGGAGCUGCAGCAGACCCUGCAGCAGGAGCAGAGCGUGCUCCAGCGGCUGCGCGGUGAGGCAGAGGCGGCCCGGCGAGCCGCCGAGGAGGCUGAAGAGGCCCGGGAGCAGGCCGAGCGUGAGGCCGCACAGUCCCGGCGGCAGGUGGAGGAAGCUGAGCGGCUGAAGCAGUCGGCGGAGGAGCAGGCACAGGCCCAGGCUCAGGCUCAGGCUGCCGCGGAGAAGCUGCGCAAGGAAGCCGAGCAGGAGGCAGCGCGGCGGGCGCAGGCAGAGCAGGCGGCGCUGCGGCAGAAGCAGGCAGCCGACGCGGAGAUGGAGAAGCACAAGAAGUUCGCUGAGCAGACGCUGCGGCAGAAGGCUCAGGUGGAGCAGGAGCUCACGACGCUGAAGCUGCAGCUGGAGGAGACCGACCACCAGAAGAGCAUCUUGGACGAGGAGCUGCAGCGGCUAAAGGCCGAGGUGACAGAGGCAGCCCGCCAGCGCAGCCAGGUGGAGGAGGAGCUCUUCUCCGUGCGCGUGCAGAUGGAGGAGCUGGGCAAACUCAAGGCACGCAUCGAAGCCGAGAAUCGUGCGCUCAUUCUGCGCGACAAGGACAACACGCAGCGCUUCCUGGAGGAGGAGGCAGAGAAGAUGAAGCAGGUGGCUGAGGAGGCCGCCCGGCUGAGUGUGGCUGCCCAGGAGGCGGCCCGGCUCCGGCAGCUGGCGGAGGAGGACUUGGCACAGCAGAGAGCUCUGGCCGAGAAGAUGCUCAAGGAGAAGAUGCAGGCAGUGCAGGAGGCCACGCGGCUCAAGGCAGAGGCAGAGCUGCUGCAGCAGCAAAAGGAGCUCGCCCAAGAGCAGGCCCGGCGGCUGCAGGAGGACAAGGAGCAAAUGGCACAGCAGUUGGAGCAGGAGACUCAGGGUUUCCAGCGGACACUGGAGGCAGAGCGGCAGCGGCAGCUGGAGAUGAGCGCAGAGGCUGAGCGCCUCAAGCUGCGCAUGGCUGAGAUGAGCCGGGCUCAGGCCCGGGCUGAGGAGGACGCCCAGCGCUUCCGGAAACAGGCCGAGGAGAUCGGGGAGAAACUGCACCUCACCGAGCUCGCCACGCAGGAGAAGGUGACGCUGGUGCAGACUCUGGAGAUCCAGCGUCAGCAGAGCGACCACGAUGCCGAGCGCCUGCGGGAGGCCAUUGCUGAGCUGGAGCGUGAGAAGGAGAAGCUCAAGCAGGAGGCCAAGUUGCUCCAGCUCAAGUCCGAGGAGAUGCAGACGGUGCAACAGGAGCAGAUGCUGCAGGAGACGCAGGCCCUGCAGCAAAGCUUCCUCUCUGAGAAGGACAGCCUGCUGCAGCGGGAACGCUUCAUUGAGCAGGAGAAGGCCAAGCUGGAGCAGCUUUUCCAGGACGAGGUGGCCAAGGCGCAGCAGCUGCGUGAGGAGCAGCGGCGGCAACAGCAGCAGAUGGAACAGGAGAAGCAGCAGCUGGUGGCCAGCAUGGAGGAGGCCCGGCGGCAGCAGCGUGAGGCGGAGGAGGGGGUGCGGCGCAAGCAAGAAGAGCUACAGCGCCUGGAGCAGCAGCGGCAGCAGCAGGAGAAACUACUAGCCGAGGAGAACCAGAGGCUGCGAGAGCGGCUUCAGCGCCUGGAGGAGGAGCACCGGGUUGCACUGGCACAUUCGGAAGAGAUUGCUGCCUCGCAGGCUGCCGCCACCAAGGCCCUGCCCAAUGGCCGGGAUGCACUCGACGGUCCAGCUGUGGAGGUGGAGCCCGAGCACACCUUCGAGGGCUUGCGGCAUAGGGUUCCAGCCCAGCAGCUCCAGGAGGCUGGCAUCCUGAGCACGGAGGAGCUGCAGCGGCUGGCGCAGGGCCACACCACGGUUGCUGAGCUCACGCAGCGGGAGGAUGUGCACCGAUACCUGCAGGGCUGCAGCAGCAUCGCCGGGCUGCUGCUGAAGCCCACCAACGAGAAGCUGAGUGUCUACACAGCCCUGCAGAGGCAGCUGCUGAGCCCCGGCACGGCUCUCAUCCUGCUCGAGGCCCAGGCAGCCUCGGGCUUUCUGCUGGACCCUGUGCGGAACCGGAGGCUGACAGUGAACGAGGCUGUGAAGGAGGGUGUCGUGGGCCCUGAGCUGCACCACAAACUCCUGUCGGCCGAGCGUGCCGUCACCGGCUACAAGGACCCCUACUCCGGGGAGCAGAUCUCCCUCUUCCAGGCCAUGCAGAAGGACCUGCUCGUCAGAGACCACGGCAUCCGCCUGCUGGAGGCCCAGAUCGCCACGGGCGGCAUCAUCGAUCCAGUACACAGUCACCGUGUGCCCUUGGACGUGGCCUACCAGCGUGGCUACUUUGACGAGGAGAUGAACCGCGUCCUGGCCGACCCCAGCGACGACACCAAGGGCUUCUUCGACCCCAACACCCACGAGAACCUGACGUACGUGCAGCUGCUGGAGCGCUGCGUGGAGGACCCCGAGACGGGCCUGCGCCUCCUGCCGCUCACUGAUAAGGCUGCCAAGGGUGGCGAGCUGGUUUACACAGACUCAGAGGCCCGGGACGUCUUUGAGAAGGCCACCGUAUCCGCACCCUUUGGCAAGUUCCAGGGCAAGACGGUGACCAUCUGGGAGAUCAUCAACUCGGAGUACUUCACGGCAGAGCAGCGGCGGGACCUGCUGCGGCAGUUCCGCACGGGCCGCAUCACAGUAGAGAAGAUUAUCAAGAUUGUCAUCACCGUGGUGGAGGAGCACGAGCAGAAGAGCCAGCUCUGCUUCGAGGGCCUGCGCACCCUGGUGCCCGCAGCUGAGCUGCUGGACAGUGGGAUCAUUGACCGCAACCUCUACCAGCAGCUGCAGCGAGGCGAGCGCUCGGUGCGAGAGGUGGCUGAGGUGGACACAGUGAGGCGGGCCCUGCGGGGAGCCAACGUCAUCGCGGGAGUGUGGCUGGAAGAGGCGGGGCAGAGACUGAGCAUCUAUGAGGCCUUGAAGAAAGACCUGUUGCAGCCAGAUGUGGCUGUGGCCCUGCUGGAGGCCCAGGCCAGCACCGGGCACAUCAUUGACCCCACCACUAGUGCCCGGCUGACUGUUGAUGAGGCAGUGCGUGCUGGCCUGGUGGGCCCUGAGCUGCAUGAGAAACUGCUGUCAGCUGAAAAGGCUGUGACGGGAUACAGGGACCCCUACUCAGGGCAGAGUGUCUCCCUGUUCCAGGCCCUGAAGAAGGGCCUCAUCCCCCGAGAGCAGGGCCUGCGCCUGCUGGACGCCCAGCUGUCCACAGGUGGCAUCAUAGAUCCCAGCAAGAGCCAUCGUGUGCCCCUAGAUGUUGCCUAUGCCCGGGGCUACCUGGAUGAGGAGACCAGCAGGGCCCUGUCCGCACCUAGGGACGAUGCUAGGGUUUAUCUCGACCCCAGCACACAGGAACCAGUCACUUACAGCCAGCUCCAGCAGCGAUGCCGGCCUGACCAGCUGACCGGGCUCAGUCUUCUGCCGGUCUCAGAAAAGGUCGCCCGGGCCCGGCAGGAGGAGGUCUACUCAGAGCUCCAGGCCCGUGAGAACUUCGAGAAGGCCACAGUCGAGGUCCCUGUGGGCAGCUUCAAGGGCCGGGCAGUGACCGUGUGGGAGCUCAUCAGCUCUGAGUACUUCACAGAGGAACAGCGGCAGGAGCUGCUCAGGCAGUUCCGCACGGGCAAGGUCACUGUGGAGAAAGUCAUCAAAAUCCUCAUCACCAUUGUUGAGGAGGUGGAGACCCAGCGGCAGGAGCGGCUGUCCUUCAGUGGCCUCCGUGCCCCCGUGCCGGCCAGUGAGCUCCUGGCUGCUGGGGUCCUCAGCAGAACCCAGUUUGAGCAGCUCAAGGAUGGCAGGACUUCAGUCAAGGACCUGUCAGAGGUGAGCUCUGUGCGGACGCUGCUGCAGGGCAGUGGCUGCCUGGCUGGCAUCUACCUGGAGGACUCCAAGGAGAAGGUGACCAUUUAUGAGGCCAUGCGCCGGGGCCUGCUCAGACCCAGCACGGCCACACUCCUGCUGGAGGCCCAGGCGGCCACUGGUUUUCUGGUGGACCCUGUGCGUAACCAGCGUCUGUAUGUCCAUGAGGCUGUGAAGGCAGGAGUUGUGGGCCCUGAGCUACAUGAGAAACUUCUGUCAGCAGAGAAAGCUGUCACCGGCUACAAGGACCCCUACUCGGGCACCACCAUCUCACUCUUCCAGGCCAUGAAGAAAGGCCUGGUCCUCAGGGACCAUGCCAUCCGCCUGCUGGAGGCCCAGAUUGCCACGGGCGGCAUCAUCGAUCCAGUACACAGUCACCGCCUGCCCGUGGAUGUGGCCUACCAGCGUGGCUACUUCGAUGAAGAAAUGAACCGUGUCCUGGCCGACCCCAGCGACGACACCAAGGGCUUCUUCGACCCCAACACCCACGAGAACCUGACGUACCUGCAGCUGCUGGAGCGCUGCGUGGAGGACCCCGAGACCGGCCUGCGCCUCCUGCCCCUAAAAGGGGCGGAGAAGGCAGAGGUGAUGGAGACCACGCAGGUGUAUACUGAAGAGGAGACUCGGAGGGCCUUCCAGGAAACGCAGAUUGACAUCCCUGGAGGCGGCAGCCACGGUGGCUCUACCAUGUCCUUGUGGGAGGUGAUGCAGUCGGACCUGAUCCCUGAGGACCAGCGGGCCCGGCUGAUGGCUGACUUCCAGGCUGGCCGGGUGACCAAGGAGCGUAUGAUUAUCAUCAUCAUCGAGAUCAUCGAGAAGACCGAGAUCAUCCGCCAGCAGAACCUGUCGUCCUACGACUAUGUGCGCCGUCGUCUGACGGCUGAGGACCUGUACGAGGCUCGGAUCAUCUCCCUGGAGACCUACAACCUGCUCCGGGAGGGCACCAAGAACCUCCGCGAGGUCCUGGAGGCAGAGUCUGCCUGGCGCUACCUCUAUGGCACGGGCUCGGUGGCUGGCGUCUACCUGCCCGGCUCCAGGCAGACCCUGACCAUCUACCAGGCCCUCAAGAAGGGGCUGCUGAGUGUCGAGGUGGCCCGCUUGCUGCUUGAGGCACAGGCGGCCACAGGCUUCCUGCUGGACCCGGUGAAGGGUGAGAGACUGACUGUGGACGAGGCCGUGCGGAAGGGCCUAGUGGGCCCAGAGCUGCAUGAUCGCUUGCUCUCCGCGGAGCGGGCUGUUACUGGCUACCGUGACCCCUACACCGAGCAGACCAUCUCGCUCUUCCAAGCCAUGAAGAAGGAGCUGAUCCCUGCUGAGGAGGCCCUGCGGCUGCUGGAUGCCCAGCUGGCCACAGGAGGCAUCGUGGAUCCCCGCCUGGGCUUCCAUCUCCCUCUCGAGGUCGCUUACCAACGUGGCUACCUCAACAAGGACACGUACGACCAGCUGUCGGAGCCCAGUGAGGUACGCAGCUACACGGACCCCUCCAGCGAUGAGCGCCUCAGCUACACCCAGCUGCUCAAGCGGUGCCGCCGGGAUGAGGGCAGUGGCCAGAUGCUCCUGCCGCUCUCAGACGCACGCAAGCUGACCUUCCGCGGCCUUCGCAAGCAGAUCACCGUGGAGGAGCUGGUGCGCUCUCAGGUCAUGGACGAGGCCACAGCGCUGCAGCUGCAGGAGGGCCUGACCUCUAUCGAGGAGGUCACCAAGAGCCUGCAGAAGUUCCUGGAGGGCACCAGCUGCAUCGCUGGCGUCUUUGUCGAUGCCACCAAGGAGCGGCUCUCCGUGUACCAGGCCAUGAAAAAAGGUAUCAUCCGCCCCGGCACGGCCUUCGAGCUCUUGGAGGCACAGGCGGCCACCGGCUACGUCAUCGACCCCAUUAAGGGACUCAAGCUGACUGUGGAGGAGGCCGUGCGUAUGGGCAUCGUGGGCCCCGAGUUCAAGGACAAGCUGCUGUCAGCCGAGCGGGCUGUCACUGGCUACAAGGACCCCUACUCCGGGAAGCUCAUCUCCCUCUUCCAAGCCAUGAAGAAGGGCCUGAUUCUGAAGGACCACGGCAUCCGCCUGCUGGAGGCCCAGAUCGCCACGGGCGGCAUCAUUGACCCCGAGGAGAGCCACCGGCUGCCCGUGGAGGUAGCCUACAAGCGUGGCCUCUUUGACGAGGAGAUGAACGAGAUCCUGACCGACCCCUCGGAUGACACCAAGGGCUUCUUCGACCCCAACACAGAGGAGAACCUCACCUACUUGCAGCUGAUGGAGCGCUGCAUCACUGACCCCCAGACCGGCCUGUGCCUCUUGCCGCUGAAGGAGAGGAAGCGGGAACGGAAGACCUCCUCCAAGUCCUCAGUACGCAAGCGCCGUGUGGUGAUUGUGGACCCUGAGACGGGCAAGGAGAUGUCGGUGUACGAGGCCUAUCGCAAGGGCCUCAUCGACCACCAGACGUACCUGGAACUGUCCGAGCAGGAGUGCGAGUGGGAGGAGAUCACCAUCUCCUCCUCGGACGGCGUGGUCAAAUCCAUGAUCAUCGACCGCCGCUCAGGCCGCCAGUACGACAUUGACGACGCCAUCUCUAAGAACCUCAUCGACCGCUCGGCCCUGGACCAGUACCGUGCUGGCACACUCUCCAUCACCGAGUUUGCCGACAUGCUCUCCGGCAACGCUGGCGGCUUCCGCUCCCGCUCCUCCUCCGUGGGCUCAUCUUCCUCCUACCCCAUCAGCCCCGCCGUCUCCAGGACCACGCUGACCUCCUGGUCUGACCCCACCGAGGAGACAGGCCCGGUGGCCGGCAUCCUGGACACUGAGACACUGGAGAAGGUGUCCAUUACGGAGGCCAUGCACCGCAACCUGGUGGACAACAUCACCGGGCAGCGGCUACUGGAGGCGCAGGCCUGCACCGGGGGCAUCAUCGACCCCAGCACUGGCGAGCGCUUCCCGGUCACUGAGGCUGUCAACAAGGGCCUGGUGGACAAGAUCAUGGUGGACCGCAUCAACCUGGCCCAGAAGGCCUUCUGUGGCUUCGAGGACCCGCGCACCAAGACCAAGAUGUCGGCCGCCCAGGCUCUGAAGAAGGGUUGGCUGUACUACGAGGCGGGCCAGCGCUUCCUGGAGGUGCAGUACCUGACGGGUGGCCUGAUUGAGCCCGACACGCCAGGCCGCGUGCCCCUUGACGAGGCCCUUCAGCGUGGCACAGUGGAUGCCCGCACAGCCCAGAAGCUGCGUGAUGUCAGCGCCUACUCCAAGUACCUCACCUGCCCCAAGACCAAGCUCAAGAUCUCCUAUAAGGACGCUCUAGACCGCAGCAUGGUGGAGGAGGGCACGGGGCUGCGGCUGCUGGAGGCCGCUGCCCAGUCCAGCAAGGGCUACUACAGCCCCUACAGCGUCAGCGGCUCCGGCUCCACCGCAGGCUCACGCACUGGCUCGCGCACCGGCUCCCGGGCCGGCUCCCGCCGUGGCAGCUUUGAUGCCACUGGCUCCGGCUUCUCCAUGACCUUCUCUUCCUCCUCCUACUCUUCCUCGGGCUACGGCCGCCGCUAUGCCUCAGGGACCUCGAGCUCCCUAGGUGGCCCUGAGUCUGCAGUGGCCUGACCCCCUGCCUGUACCCUGCCUUCCCGCUCUGCAUGUGGCCAGGCUCCCUGCCGAGGCACUGGGGUCUUUCUUUAACACGUAAAGGUGUCUUCCUCCCAAGUGGUGCCUAAAGUUUAACCAAAAAGACCAGACUAACAUAUACACAUAUAUAUAUAAUAUGUAUAUUAUAUAUAUAUAUAUAAAUACACAUGCUGUCCAGACAGCCUGUGUCUUGGGGGAUGGGGCUGGUCCAGCUCCACUGACCAUCUCACCCCCCUCGGGUCUCCCCACUCCCUUCUACCUGCCACUCACCGUAGCCAGGUGCCUUGGAGGGCCCAGAGCUGGCUCCCAGCCCACCCCUCCUGUCUUCCCUGGAAGGGUUCUGUCUGUGCAGGGCCCCUAGUCCUGUAAACUGACCCCACUGGAGGACACCCACCUGCCAGUCCUUGCUGCUGAGGUGAGCUGGGGUCAGGACCUCGGUCCUCUCAGGGUUUUCACCCUGGGCUAGCGUCUUCUCCCCAGCUUGUUUCCCGGACUGGCUUGCUUGCUCAGUGGGUCUUGCUGGCAAGGGAAGGGUCCCAGGUCGACCAUCUCUCUUAACCUGCCCAGAGAAGCUGCUUCUCCAUGGGAAGAUAGGGUCCAGACUGCAGAGGCAGCAGCCUGGGCUUGGCUCAGCCCCUUGCCCAGCUCCUGCAGCUGCUGUCGGAGCUCUGCUUCGUAGCUCACUGCCCGGUCCCGACACGCCCUCUCCCAAGACCCCAGCCUCUGGCUUCAGCCUUCAGCCUUCAGCCUCAGCUCUCCUUGUAAGUGCCUUCUGUGUUCUCCCUCGUACCCAGGCCCCGAGGAUCCAGAGCCAGAGUGGGAGAUAGACGUUCUGGCUGGGCAGUGCUGGGGGGUGGUCUUGGGUCCUGCAGAUCUGUCCUCCCCCAUGAGCCCAAAUGACACCUCAAGCCUGGGUGCUGCCUGCCCACCUUGCUUCCAGGGAGCCCCCAGCCUCUCUGUGGCCCAGGGAUGCUGGCUAGCCUGCCUGUGUUGAUGCAGGCACCUAGCCACCCUCCUCCUGUCCAGCCACCCCCCGGCCUUGGUAGCUCCCAUCCCUGACUCCACCCUCUGAGCAAGCUUUGCAUGUUCCACUAACCUGGGCUGGCGGCAAGUGGAGGUGCCAGGCAGAACACUAACCUGACCAUGGGCGGGGCCUCGUGGCGUCUGCCCCCAAAUAAAAGCAAUUCCAACCUU